AUGGAGAGAGAAGAACAGAUUGCAGUCAAUUUGUUAAUCAAUAACAACCGCCUUAUUCACUGACUAAUUCAAGAAAAUAAUCACGUAAGACAAUUUUCAGGUCGUAGCGGAUCACCCAUAAUCAUUCUUGAAGCUGUUGCAGAUUAUGAUCUAUGGAUAUGGCAUGCCUAUUUUAGUAUGCCUGGAAGCAACAACGACAUCAAUGUUUGA